CCGGGCCGGGCCGGGCCGGGCCGGGCCGGUGGGGCCGAGCGCGGCCCGGCUAUGUCGGCGUUCUCGGAGGCGGCGCUGGAGCGGAAGCUGUCGGAGCUGAGCAACUCGCAGCAGAGCGUGCAGACCCUGAGCCUGUGGCUCAUCCACCAUCGCAAGCACUCGGCGCUCAUCGUCAGCGUGUGGGAGCGGGAGCUGCGAAAAGCAAAACCAAAUAGGAAGCUGACAUUCCUGUACUUGGCCAAUGAUGUCAUACAGAACAGCAAAAGGAAAGGACCAGAAUUUACGAAAGACUUUGCUCCAGUAAUAGUGGAGGCUUUUAAACAUGUUUCAAGUGAGUCUGAUGAGAGUUGUAAGAAACACCUUGGCCGAGUGCUCUCUAUCUGGGAAGAAAGGUCUGUUUAUGAAAAUGAUGUAUUAGAACAACUUAGGCAAGCUUUGUAUGGAGACAGAAAGGUGAGGAAGCGCACGUAUGAACAGAUAAAAGUUGAUGAAAAUAACUGUUCACCUCGAAGUUCUCCCACUGACCCUCCACAGACCACAGAUCUCAUUAGAGCAUUACAAGAACUAGAAAACGCUGCCUCUGGGGAUGCAGCAGUUCAUCAGAGAAUAGCUUCUUUGCCUAUAGAGGUCCAAGAUGUGUCCCUGUUAGACAGGAUAACAGAUAAGGAAUCUGGAGAGCAACUUUCCAAAAUGGUAGAUGAUGCAUGUAUGUUGCUGGCGGAUUACAAUGGCAGGUUGGCAGCUGAAAUAGAUGAUAGAAAACAGCUAACUCGAAUGUUGUCGGACUUUCUCCGAUGUCAAAAAGAAUUCCUUGCAGAGAAAGAACAUAAGCUGGAAAAAAGCAAUUGAUGAAGGUUCUUCCUAUCAACUUCACUGUGUUUAUCCUGUGGGAAGAAUAUCAGCCAACUUCAUGUAAGAUAGAUGGUAUGCACAGUAGUGCUGAUUGCACUAGCAACUGAUCCAACUGCACAAUGGAACCUGGAAGAUUAAAGAACAGGAAGGCUUAAGCUUUUCAUCACCUGCCCUACCUUCCCUCUGUGUAACGUGUUUGAAGGACAAGUUCCCACAGUACCAGUGUAGGACUGAUUGUCUUGAGACACUUCUUUUUGUAGAUCAUUACCAGCAAUUAGACCCUGUUUAGGUGUAAUAGACCACUGGGAUAGUGAGUUGCUCAAAAGGCAGUGACUUAGUCCUUCAGACAGAUUUAUACUUCUGUAAAAACAAGAGAGCUCAAUUAAUCAGAAAUUACAAAUGGAGUGCAAC